AUGGCUACAGAACCAGAGAGAGUGGUAACGACGAAAACUCAGAGCGUUAAAAAGGUGUCCAAACCACUGAUGGAGAAGAAAAGAAGAGCACGUAUCAAUAAAUGUUUGAAUCAGUUGAAAAGUCUCCUGGAAAGUGACUGUUCGAACAAUAUCCGCAAGCGAAAAUUGGAAAAGGCUGACAUUUUGGAGCUGACGGUUAAACAUCUCAUGCAUCUGCAAAACACCAAAAAAGGAAUGCACAAAGUUUGUGACUCUGCUGAGUAUCACGCUGGCUACAGAAGUUGUCUCGCCACUGCCAGCUAUUAUCUUCUCGCUUCAGACGCAGACAGAGAUUCCCGCUCCAUCAUGCUGACACAUCUUAGGAGCGGUUCUAACCUCGUUCCUGAGUUCAGCACCGCGGAGAGCGACCCUGCUCGGAUCCCUGCUUCAACUCUUACACUUCGUCGAUCACACAAAAGUUCCCUUAAAACAGACGCUCCUCAUGCCAACUUAGAGCAAACUUCAGACAGACACUACUGCUCUAUGCCGAAGAGGACUGAAAUUUGUGAUACGGACAAAAUAUCAUUUAACGCACAGGCUGGAACCCAUGCAUCCAAAAAGCUAAAAAGCACACGAUUCAGUCUUAAAAAUACGAAGCGCUGCAUUUUUUCUGAAGCCUUGAAACAGAAUUAUUGGCGGCCCUGGUAAAUCUAGGGAAUUUCAAAUGUCACUUGUUUUAACAC